UUUUUUUAUUGAUACAUGGAGAGAAAAGAGGGAAUAAAGAUGGAUGAUGUACUGGGUAACUCAUUACAAAGUAUAUUCGAUUUGAGUAGCAGUGAAGACGAGAAAAUCGUCUCUUUAGGGUUUAUGGACUUGCUGGGUGUUCAAGACUUGAUUAGUCCUCCUUUCUUGGAGAUCAUGACAGCUGCACAACAGGUUCCCUCUCUAAUUUCAAGCCAAGUACCUCUCACUCCACCACCUUCAAAGAAGAUGGACUCUUUUGAGGUUAUUAAUCAGCCUGCCACUCCUAAUUCUUCCUCGAUUUCAUCUGCGUCAAGUGAGGCUUUUAAUGAACCUGUUAAAGUAGAUGACCAAGAAGAAAACCAGCAAAAAAUCAAGAAACGGUUGAAACCCAAGAAGACAAACCAGAAGAGACAGAGAGAGCCGAGAUUCGCGUUCAUGACAAAGAGCGAGGUUGAUCAUUUGGAAGAUGGGUACAGAUGGAGAAAGUACGGCCAGAAAGCCGUAAAAAACAGUCCCUUUCCUAGGAGUUAUUAUCGUUGCACCACCGCCUCAUGUCAUGUGAAGAAAAGAGUGGAGAGAUCUUUCAGUGAUCCAAGCAUUGUGAUUACCACUUACGAAGGCCAACACAUUCACCCCAGCCCAAUCAUGCCUCCUCCAAAUCUCGGAAAUUCUCAUCUGAGUACAGCCACGUCCGCCAUGCCAAUGCAAAGGACUCCACCUAACUAUCAACAGCACCUCCGUCAACAGCCAUUUACCGAUAGCUUGCGUCCUUCGAACUUUGGCCAUAACAUGGGUUCUAUUAACAACAGUUUUCUUCAUGAGAAGCGUAUUUGCACCCCGGGAGCAGGACCGUCUUUGCUUGAAGACCGUGGCCUUCUCCAGGACAUUCUACCAUCCUAUAUGCUAAAAGAAGAGUAGCUUAGAAAAGAUCAGUACAUUGAUAUAUAUAUAUGUAUUUUUCUUGUUAACAGGCGCCACUUCCCAUUU